GUCGACCACAAGAUGGCAGAAUUCCCUAUUGCACAUUCCCAGGCAGGAUAGCUUGGCCUGGCUUUCUGAGCAGCAGGAGGCAGCGACUGCCGCUUCUGCCUGGCGUGGAAAUGACAUGGGACAUGGAUAUUCAUUUUUAGAGUUUCUUUCAGAUUACUCCUCCACGAUUACUGCUCCAUCCCUUGAAAUCUUCAGCAAGAAGGGGUGAGAGAAACACACCCCCCCCCCUCCCACCCCCAUCUCCCUGGUCCCCGCGUUCCCCUGGCUAGAAGGAAAGGACACCAAACAUGACUAGGAAGGACCAAGCUAUGGCCCAGGACACUGCACGAUGCCCAAAGCCACCCCCGGGCUUCAAGCUCCUGCCAUCAGCACCCCUUCCUCACAAACCCCACCGGCGCUGUCCUCAAAAUAUUCUCCAGGCUUCCUAUGCCCCCCUCUUCAACACUGCUGUGUCGGCAGCCAUGGGCAGCGAGGGCGACCAGGCUGCCCACGCCACAGCGGGGAGAGGGGCCGUGACACCUUCUACCCCACGAGGACCCUGGUGUGCCCGCAGGAGAGAUGAACGGGACCAGUUACGAGGCGGCAGCGAGGGGCUCGCCAGCCGCAGGACGGGGCUACCGGUCCGCUCCCUCAGCCCCUCAGCCGGCGCCCGCCACGGCCCUCUGGCGGGCUCGGGGACAGCUGUUAGCCCGCGGCGCGGCCCGGCCCGGGCGGGAAAGGCGCCACAGCUCCCCUCCGCCCGGCAGCCGCCUGCCCCAGCGGGCUCAGCCUCUCAGGGACGCCAUUACCAGGCCCCUGAAGGGCAGCACCAGCGCUAAACCCGCUCCUUUUUCCCCGGGAGUAAAGAAAAACCCCAACCCCACCCAUUACCGACAGCCGCACAAGCACAUCAGCCACUGCCUCUUCAUGACUGCCCCGCUAAGCACGGAGCUACUGUGGGGUGCACUGCCUUUACUGUGGCCACAGUCCUAGGCAGGUCACUAGAAAAGGGUCAUGUACAGGCAGCGUAACAAGUAGUAAAAGAGGACAUAUUUGUAAAACCAUUUGUGCUCUUUCAUGAAUAAAUAUUGCAGAUUUAACUGCUGCCUUUAGCAUGCCAGCUGUCUGCAAGCUUACCUCCCAGGACAGCACCUCUAAACUCUCUUUUUCUGUUGUAAAAACAUGGACUGAAAUACAACUGCCAUGCAUUUCAGUCAG